GAACAUAUUCCUAAGGGAAUAUGAGCAAAACAGGAAGAUAUCAUUGACUGAAAUUAUAUUUGAACCUGUCCCCUGAACAACAACAGGAUUUUGGAAGCUGAAUCAAUGUUAUCAGAUGAAUUAGAAUCCAAACCAGAGCUCCUGGUUCAGUGUGUUCAGAAUACCUCCAUCCCAUUGGGACAGGGGCUAGGAGAAUCAGAGGCUAAAGACAUUACUUGCUUAUCCCUCCUUCCAGUGACCAAGGCUUCAGAAUGCAGUUGGCUAAUGUUACCAGAUGAUACUUCAAAUCAUACUAACUCCUCCAAAGAGGUCCCUUCCUCAGCUGUUUUGAGAGGCCUUCAGGUGAAUGUGGGCCCAGACGGAGAGGAGACAAGGGCCCAGGCUGUACAGAAGACCCCAGAGUUUUUGUCUACUCCAGAAUCUCCUAGCUUGUUACAAGAUCUACAGCCAAGUGACAGCACUUCUUUUAUUCUUCUUAAUCUGACGCGAGCAGGUCUGGGAUCUUCAGCUGAGCACUUAGUCUUUGUUCAGGAUGAGACGGAGGAUUCAGGGAAUGAUUUCCUCUCCAGUGAGAGCGCAGACAGUAGCAUGCCAUGGCUCCUCCGUGUUCAGGAGUUGGCCCAUGACAGUUUAAUUGCUGCUACUCGUGCACAACUGGCAAAGAAUGCAAAAACCAACAGCAAUGGAGAAAAUGUUCACCUUGGUUCUGGUGAUGGGCAACCCAAAGCUCCUGGGCCCCCUCCUCAAGUGGAAAAAAAGCUCAAGUGCAUUAAGGGCUGUGACCGGACAUUUGUAUGGCCAGCUCACUUCAAGUACCACCUCAAAACUCAUCGAAAUGACCGCUCCUUCAUCUGCCCUGCAGAAGGUUGUGGGAAAAGCUUCUAUGUGUUGCAGAGGCUGAAGGUGCACAUGAGAACACACAAUGGGGAAAAGCCUUUUAUGUGCCCUGAGUCCAAUUGUGGUAAGCAGUUCACUACAGCUGGAAACUUAAAGGACCAUCGGCGCACCCACACAGGAGAGAAACCUUUCCUUUGUGAAGCCCAAGGAUGUGGCCGUUCCUUUGCCGAGUAUUCUAGCCUCCGAAAACAUCUGGUUGUUCAUUCAGGAGAGAAACCUCAUCAGUGCCAAGUCUGUGGGAAGACCUUUUCACAGAGCAGGAGCAAAAAUGUGCAUAUGAAAAAGCAUCACUUGCAGUUGGGAGCAGCAGGGAGUCAAGAACAGGAGCAAACUGCUGAGCCGCUCCUGGGCAGUAGUUUGCUUGAAGAGGCUUCAGUACCCAGUAAAAACUUGGUGUCUAUGAAUUCCCAGUCCAGCCUUGGAGGAGAGUCCUUGAAUCUACCUACUACAAAUUCUGUCCUGGGAGUUGAUGAUGAGGUGCUUGCUGAAGGGUCCCCACAUCCCCUGUCUUCAGUGCCUGAUGUGACACAUCAUUUGGUGACCAUGAAGUCAGGGAGACAGUCAUAUGAGGUCUCUGUCUUAACUGCAGUUAAUCCACAAGAGUUACGAAACCAAGGGGAAUUAACUGAAAGAUGGACAUGAGUAUGGAUGCUGACUCCUGGAGGAGCAGCUCUGUCUGAUCCCAGGUGCAUGGUGGGACUAGGAUCCAAAAGGUUCACAACCCACUGGAAGCCAAGAGCCUGCCUUUGCCUCAGUUCAUCUUUC